UAAAUGAAUUAAAUAAUUAAAAAUAUAAAAAUAAAAGAAUGUGGGCAUGGGUGCCGUAAGAUUACGGGUUAUUUACAAAGUGUCCCGUGCGCAUGCGUGAAAGUGGAGAAAAUCUACAUUACCAAUUUAAAAAGUGGCAGCGUAAAUUAUUCAAAUAUGAAUAAAUAUGUUCCGAGAUCACUUCAAAUAUUACAAAAGUCGUAAUCCAUCUCCGAAAUUUGAAGACGUCAUUGAUAUUAAUAAUUCCACAAAAGUUAGACAAGUAUCUGCUAAAUGGAUAUUAAAAUGCCCAAGAGUAUUUGCUUUAGGAUUGACAGAUGUAUCAUCAUGGAAAAUAUAUGAAUUUAAUGAUAUACCAGGUUUAAUAUUUAUUAAAAAUCCAUUUACGUCUGCUGGACAACGUCACUGGAUCACAAAGUGCCUGAGAGAUUACCCGAGGAAGCCAAAUAAAUUAAAUAUAGAUGCGCAUGGUCUUCUGGAAGACAACGAGACCUGGUGGGAUGUUUGUACGAGAAGCGACGACCGUGCGGUUGGUUUGAUUCCUAAAUCGCGUUGGGCAACGAUGGGGUACCAUCAUAACUGGGAUACUAAACAUUACUCUGAAGAUAUACGAACAGAAAUGCCAGGAGAUUUAGCUGAGAUGUCAAAAGUAUUUGCCGAAGCACUUGGAUUUAAAGAUUUUAAUGCUGAAGCCGCUAUAAUUAAUUACUAUCGCAUGAACUCAACCCUUGCUGGUCAUACUGAUCAUUCGGAAGUUGAUCUUCAUGCCCCGUUGAUCUCCAUAAGCUUUGGACAGACAGCGGUUUUUUUAAUCGGGGGUUCAAAGCUCGAGGAUCCAGCCAAUGGUAUUUUUAUUCGCAGUGGCGAUGUUGUCAUCAUGACCGGGCAGUCGCGUUUGAAUUAUCAUGGAGUUCCCAGGAUUUUAGCUGAUGAAUCCUUGACUUGGGAACUAGAUGAAGGCAUUUGUUUAAAUAGUGAUCAUGACUGGAGUAAAGCCAAAACUUUUAUCAAUGAAACGAGGAUCAAUAUCAAUGUCAGACAAGUUUUGAAACCUGGACAGCGUAAUUUGUGUUAAAGUAUUUGAUUAUUUAUUUAUAAAUAUAAAUAUAUUUUGUUGUACAGUUUAAAUAAAUUUUAUAUUAAAUUAUGAUAAUUAGUAGGAAAAAAAAUUUUUAAUGAAUAGAAAGUCAUCUAGUUAAUGGACAGUUGGAGACAUUGAUUAUAUUUUCAGCAAUUAAUGCCAUUCAGUAAGAAAAUAUAUCUAAUUAUUUAUACUCAUGUACUGGGCUGGUAUAUCGUGAGUUUCCGAGUGGCUGAUUGAUUAAAUGCUGGAUCUUUUAUUAAAGAUUUCAAUAUUAUGUUCGUGGCUUCUUUUAUUGCAGAGUUUAGGAUAAAAUUUUGUGAUGCCACUGGAAUAUUUUUAACCAUUUUAAUUCUUAAUUUUUAAAUAGACUAGAGAUCACUGAAAUCAAGGAAUUAAUUUUGAUAAAAUCUUUCGGUGUUUAGCCGUCUGAUAAUCAAAUUAUUUAUAAGACAUAAAUAUUUAAAGUAAUUUACUCGUAAUAUCGAAUUUUUUUAUAAAAACUUAUAAAUUAUCGGACAUCUGCUAAUUUGCGUAUCAUCAAUACUCAUAAAUGUGAAUUUAGCAGACAUGAGAAAUUUUAUAAAUAAAUAAAUGAACUAAAAUAAUAAAAUUUAAAAAAUGCGCGUACUGAUUUUUCAUUAAUAUAAAUAUGACAGUAGUUGGCGGACAUCUAACAAUUUUUUAAAAUUUUUAAAUAAUAAAAUGAAAUUGUUUAAACAAAAAACCAAAAAAUGGACUUUUAGAAGAUUCUACAAUCAGUACACGCUUUUUCUUUUAUUUUAUCAAUUGAAUUCUUUUAUUUUUUUGUAUGUAAUUUAAAAAUUGUCUUAUGUCUGCUACUUUUACACUCAUGAUAUAAUAGGUAUUGGCGUAACUAAGUAA